AAUCAGAUGCUGGAAAUCUGAGCAACACACACAAAAUGGAAAGGGUUUGACAACUUGCGGAAGUACAUUACUGAAGCUUGCUUCGGCAAGGUCUAACGGUCCACCCCAUCCUAAGUAUGAUUUCACGGAGCUGUCAGUCACCGACUCUGGCAAUGGUGCCUGGCACGGGAACGAUUCUGCGCCGUUUGUAUCUUCCUGUCCCAAUAAUGGAUGUUGUAGGCUGCGUUUUGCUCCUGGUACACAUCUCACUAACUCUGGCGGCGGCGUUCCUGCUGUUCUGGGCGUUUAAAAACAAGCAUCCGGCGGCGCCUCCGUGCAUUGGCAGCUGGAUUCCCUGGAUCGGCGCUUCUUUCCACUUCGGAAAAGCGCCGCUUCAAUUUAUCGAACAAGCCAGAGCGCAGUAUGGAGCAGUAUUUACCGUGGUAGCUGCUGGGAAGCGACUGACCUUUGUUACAGAAGAAGAGGAUAUUGAGAUAUUCUUUAAAUCUAAGAAUGUUGACUUUCAAGAAGCGGUACAGGAGGCUGUCUGGCGUACGGCUUCUAUAAGUAGGAAGAGUUUUAUGAGGAGCCACACAGCUGUACAUGAUAUGAUAAAAUGGAGAUUGGCUUCAUCAAGAUUGCAUCUCUUCUGCAGUAACCUGUCUAAGGAAUUCAACGAGUGUCUCCUGCACCUUGGAACCAAAGGCACUGAUGACUUGUAUGACCUUGUCUGGCAUAGGAUGUAUUCUGCAGUGGUGAACAACUUGUUUGGAAAAGGUGUAUGUCCUACUGAUAGGAACACAGUUAAAGAGUUUGAGGACCACUUCCAGAAGUUCGAUAGAAGUUUUGAAUUUGGUUCCCAAUUACCAGAAUUUUUACUAAGAGACUGGUCUAAAUCGAAGCACUGGCUUCUGUCUCUCUUUGAAAGUAUCGUAGCCAAGGUUGGAAAGGUGAAGCCAGCAGACGAUGACUCAAAGACUUUGUUGCAGCACCUUCUUGAUACUUUGGAUGGGAAUUGUACUGCUAAUUACAGUUUAUUGAUGCUCUGGGCUUCCCAAGCCAAUGCACUUCCAGUCACAUUCUGGACCCUUGCGUUUAUUAUUUCAAGCCCACUUGUUUAUAAGACCAUUAUGCAAGAACUCUGUUCUUUUUUUAAUAAUCAAGCAAAUAAAGAGACUGAAAUGGACGUCGCUGAUCUACAAAAGCUCCCAUACUUGAAGUGUUGCAUUUUAGAGACACUUCGUUUACGAGCACCAGGAGUUAUUACAAGAAAAGUGAUGCAACCUCUGAAAAUUAAAAAUUACAUUAUUCCUUCUGGAGACAUGCUCAUGUUGUCGAUUUAUUGGGCACACAGAAAUCCCAAAUAUUUUCCUGAACCGGAAAAGUUUCUUCCUGAUCGAUGGAAGGAAGCAGUCACAGAAAGGAAUGUUUUUUUGGAUGGCUUCAUGGCUUUUGGAGGAGGCAGAUAUCAGUGUCCUGGAAGGUGGUUUGCAUUGAUGGAGAUCCAAAUGUUUGCUGCUCUGAUACUUUACAAGUACGAGUUUACUCUCUUGGACCCUGUCCCAAAAGAGAGCCCUUUUCAUUUAGUAGGAACCCAGCAGCCACUGGGUCCUUGCAAAGUUGAGUAUAAAUCCCGAUGACUGCUUCCGUGCCCAGUGUAAGAACUGCAGUCAAUGAUUAUGUGUAUGUUGGAAGUAAUUACCACAGAACAACAGUUAGAUCAUGGUAAAAGGCAAUCUUGUUCAGCAAGAGGAUUGGUAAAGACGAUAAGGAAGUUUGGGAGAAUUGGAUCAAUAUGGCACUUCUCCAAGCAGAGUAGCUCAUACAAUAUGAGGAUUGUGAAACAAAGGGAGAAUGGAUUAAGAACACCUUCCAACACGACAUUUGAGAUACAGCAUCGCAAGCAAGGCUGGUCAAAGUGGAUCACUACACACUAAUAGCAAAAGUGCAGAGCUCUUACAUGGGGGCGACAAAUGAGAUAACGUGUAACUGGAAUUCAGUCACACGCAAGCCCAGAAAUUCUGUUUGGGACAAUAUUUUGUGCUAUAUGAAUGUAUUUAUCCAAAAUUCUCAAUUGGAUACAAUGCACGUAGAGCUUAGUUCUAGACAACACACGCCUUCAAAUCCGCAACCUCUUGAACAGUCGUCACUAAAAUUACCAUUGUUACGAUCUUCACAUCUUUAAUGUGUCUGAUCUAACUUUGUUUUAUGUGUCAAAUGUUAAGUUGCUGAGAGAGACUCUAAAUAAAUGCAACUUACAGUUGACAUUUAAAGAAGACAAUUCCUAUGCACUGAGUUGUUUUCAGAUCAUUGAGAUAAUUUGCUGUUGUGAUACUCUUCCUUGAAUAAGAUAUAGGAUAUGACAAAAUAAAAUUAAAAUCUUAAUAAGGGAUCACUGAGAGCCAAUCUUAUAAAUUAAGCACUGAAAGAAUACAGCUGGUGGACUGGUAGUUACUGUCUAUCUCUCUAUUCCAAUUUGUUCAAUAUUCCUUUUGAGCUAGUACCAGAAACAUUAAUAAAACUGGUGGAUGCUCCUUUUCUAUGACAGUGUUUUGUCUAGAUGUGCUCAAUGGUGGGGAGGGCUUUACCUGUGAUGGACUGGGCCGCAUCCAGUACUUUAAGGGUGGAGAAACAAUUCUGAUGGCAGUUAAAGAUGGACUGGAAUGCACAUCAGCUGGGCAGGAUUUGCAGGCCAUUACUUCCUACAAAGUGAAAUUCAACAUGAAACUGUGAUGUUCCACUCUCAAAUGAGCUCAAAGCCUUUUUUGCACACUUUGAAGGGAAGAAUAAAACUACAUCUGUGUGAAUCCCUGCAGCAUCUGGUGACCCUGUGAUCUCUGUCUCAAAGUCCAAUGUCAGAAUAUCUUUCAAGAUGAUGAGCCUUUGCAAGACAUUAAGCCCUGAUGGAGUUCUGAAACCUAUGCCAAGCAACUGGUCAGAAGGUUUAAAGACAUCUUCAGUCUCUCACAGCUGCAGUCAGAGGUUCCCACUUGCUUCAAAAGGGCAACAAUCAUACCAGUACCCAAGAAGAGCAGGGUAAGGUGCCUCAACACCUAUCCUCCAGUGGCACUCACAUCUAAUCUGAUGAAGUAUCUUGAGAGGUUGGUCAUGGCAAGAAUUAACUCCUGUCUAAGCAAAAACCUAGGCACACUGCAAUUUGCCUAUUGUCACAAUACCCCUGCAAUGGAUGCAAUCUCACUGGCUCUCCAUUUGGCCUUGGAUCACCUGCACAAUAGCAGUAACUACAUCAGGCUGCCAUUUGCUGACUAUAGCUCACCAUGCAACACAAUCAUACCCUCAGUUCAAGUCAACAAGCUCCAUAACCUGGGCCUCUGGACCUCCCUCUGCAAAUGGAUUCUCGACUUCCUCAAUGGGAGACCGCAAGCUGUAUGGAUCAGAAUUAACAUCUCACUGUAAAUCAAUGCUGGCACAGCUCAAGUAUGUGUGCUUAGCCCACUGCUCUAUUCUCUACACCCAUGACUGUGUGGCUAAGCACAGCUCAAACACCAUCUAUAAAUUUGCUAAUGUCACAACUAUUGUUGGCAGAAUUUCAGACACUGAUGAAGAGGUGUACUGGAGCAAGAUAAAUCAGCUGGUUGAGUGGUGUUGCAGCAAUAAUCUUGCACUCAUUAUCAGUAAGACCAAGGAAUUGUGGACUGAAGGAAGGGAAGUUGAUGGAACACCCACCAGUCUUCCUUGAGGGAUUAGAAAUGGAUCGAGGGAGCGGUUUCGAGUUUCUGGCUGUCAACUUCUCUGAGGAUCCAUCCUGGGCCAAACAUAUUGGUGCAAUUACAAAGAAGGCAUGGCAACAGUGAUAUUUCAUUAGGGAUUUUAAGAGAAUUGGUAUGCUAUCCAAGACACUCGCAAAUUUCUACAGAUGUAAUGAGGAAAGCAUUCUGACUGGUUGCAUCACCAACUGGACCUGGUAUGAAGUGGCCACUGCAUAGGAUUUGAAAAAGCUGCAGAAAGAAGUAAACUCUGCCAGGUCCAUCAUGGGCACUAUUCUUCCAAGAAUCCAGGACAUCUUCAAAAGGCACUGCCUCAAAAAGGUGGCAUCCUUUAUUAAGGACCCCAUCACCCAGGACAUGCCCUCUUCUCAUUGCUACCAUCAAGGAGGGGGUACAGGAGCCUGAAGACACACACUCAACAUUUCAGUAAAUGCCUCUUUGCCCUCUCCCAUCUGAUUUCAGAAUGGACAAUGAACCCAUGAACACUACCUCGGUAUUUUCCCUCUCUUUUUGCACUACAAUAUGUAAUUUAAUAUGUAUAUAUUUCUUAUUGUAUUUUAUACUUUUUAUUAUGUAUUGUAAUUUACUGGGGCAGCGAAACAAAAAAUUUCACAACAAAUGCCAAUGACAUCAAACCUGAUUCUGAUUCUGAAAUCAAACAGAAAUUUUCUCCUCUGCACCUGGUAAAUUAUUCUUUUUUAAAAUGUUAAAUCUGUUAACACUCAUUUUAUUAUGUUUAUCCCAUCCAAUGUUUCAUGGCAUUUACCUGAAAUGCCACGUCAAACUCUCUCUUGUGAAUGCAUUGCAAAAAUAGUCAUUAAGAACCUUACCACAUUGUCUGCUUCCACAUGUAAGUUACUUUUUCAUCCCUAAUAUGCGUUCUUUCGUUAUCCUCUUGCACUUUGUAAAACAUCUUUAGAUUUUCUUUGAAUUUGCUCAUCUAUAUAUUUAAUGCUUGAUUUCUAAUUUCAUCCCUCCACUCUGUACAUUUCCAGACCUUCUACUGUUCCUGUCUUUGGCAUGUUUCCAUUUCUUGCUUUAUCCUGCUUCUAAGUAUCUUGUCAUCUAGAUUUAGCAGGACCCAUCACUUCUUUUGUGACAACAUAUUUAUCCCAAACCUUACAGACUUUUUACCAAUUUAUCAUAGCUCCCCGACAAGUUCACUUUUCCUGAAUCAUCAGACUGGAACAGGUGACUUCGGAUCUUUAUUCCUAUUGAAUAUCCAAGCUUGUCAAAAAGUUUGUUUGAUCUGCAUUAAGUUUCCUGUUCUUUUGUUCAGGCUUGUGUCAGGAUUUGUGUUUUAAAUUGGUGUACUGAAUUGGCA